AUGGCCGAGCAAGUAGGGCAAGCGGAAAUACCGGGGCAAGCAGGUCAAGCUGCAAUGAGGGCCCUAGCCCGAGAAAUGGCGAGGGCAUUGAGGGAGUCCAUAAACAUACUUAGGGCAGAGACCCAAGUUAGGGAGAACGUCAUGGAGACAAGGGCAAGCUUCCUCACGAGGGAGUUUUUGCGAGCCAAACCGGAUGAAUUCCAUGGUGGCCCCAAGCCCAAGAAAGAAAAUGAAUGGCUUGAACAGAUAGUGAAGACAUUCGAGAUGCUUCACAUAGAAGACAGUGAGCUUAGAGUGACUCUCGCGAGUUACUAUCUCAAGGGGGAGGCAGGGCAAUGGUGGAAGUAUGCCAAGGACGGAAUAGAACCGACAUGGGAGGCAUUUGUGGUGGCCUUCAAAGACAAGUAUCUACCUCCCACUACUAGGGAGAGGUUGAGGCAGGAGUUCCAAGACCUUAAGCAACUUAACAUGUCCGUUGCUAAGUUCGAAACGGCCUUUUCUAGUUUGUCCCAGUUUACACCGGAGUUGAAUUGUGACCGUCUUGUGGAGGUGGCCGCACAUGUGGAGAUUACCAUGGAGGCCGAGGCGGAGAGACUUCAGAAUUUGAGGUCUAAGGGCUAA